AAAACCCAUUUCAGAGAGAGAGAGAGAGAGAGAGAGAGAGGGUUGGUAGCUGAAGUACUGAUCACCAGCCAUGUUCACCAUUCACCAUCCCUUGGCUUUUGUCUUUGGACUCCUAGGUAACAUCAUCUCCUUCAUGGUGUUUCUUGCACCCUUGCCAACAUUCUAUGGAAUUUACAAGAAGAAAUCAACAGAGGAGUAUCAAUCAGUGCCCUAUGUGGUUGCACUAUUAAGUGCAAUGCUAUGGAUAUAUUACGCACUUUUGAAGCCCAAUGCUUACUUUCUCAUCACUAUCAACGCAAUUGGGUGCACCUUAGAAACUCUCUAUCUUAUCACUUUCUUGGUUUAUGCAUCCAAGAAACAGAGGAUUAGGACUGCCAAGCUGCUGAUGUUGUUGAAUUUUGGCUUCUAUGGUUUGCUCUUUCUUCUAACCUUCCUUUUAUUGAAAGGCUCAAACCGUGUCCAAUUUCUUGGAUGGGCUUGUGAUGUCUUCUCUGUGGGUGUCUUCGUAGCCCCUUUAAGUGUUGUGAAACUGGUUAUAAAAACCAAGAGUGUCCAGUUCAUGCCGUUCUAUUUAUCACUGUUUCUCACUCUAAGCGCAAUAAUGUGGUUCUUCUAUGGUGUUCUACUGAAGGACUUGCACGUUGCUCUCCCGAACAUACUGGGUUUCAUCAUGGGAGUGAUUCAGAUGGUUCUAUAUGCCAUGUACAAGGACUCCAACAAGAUUAAAGAGGAGCAGAAGCAGCAGAAUCAGAUUAGUGAUGUUAUUAAGCUAACCACAAUAGUAUGCUCCGAGGUCAAUCAGAUUGAGAUCGAUGUGAAGCCCACACAUGUUGAUGAUGAGCGAUUGUGCCGUUAA